CUGGGACAUUUUUUAUUUAUUUAUUUAUUUAUUUAUAUAUCGAUUCAUGUAUACGCUGAUGGAUGCAUUGACAUGCAGGUACAUGGGCACAGAUAUUUGAGUUUGUUGCUGUUAGGUAUAUGCACGUAUACGUGCAUGUUCUGCCGCUAG